AUGAUAUGUAUAUCGACUAUUAGUACUAGAGGUACUCCUAGAAGGGGUACUAGAGGCCGUGGCAGAGGCCGUGCAGGUGCUCGGGCUGGAUCUUCAGCUUCGGGCCAUAUGCCUAAUGUUGAGGCAAAAGAGGCUCCGAAUUCACCUAUGAUCGAGAUUGGGUCACACGAUCGGGCGGCUGGGGAUGACACACUAUCCCAAGCUAUGCUAUGGAUUUUGGAAAGGGUCGCUGGGCCCAAUACUGGUACUGUGGGCUGUAGGUCAGUGACAGAACGACUCAGAUCUGACCAGGGGGAAAAGUCCGUGGCUGAGUAUGAGGCGAAAAUUUUUCGAUUAAGCCGCUAUGCGCGAGGCAUGGUGGCCAUUGAGUAUGAGCGCUGUGUAAAGCUUGCAGAGGAUGUGAAGCACGCUGAGUGCCAGAAUCAUGAGAAGGAUAAGGGGAGAAACAAGAGGGUUUGGAAGCCCUCAGGUUCAGCUAUAGGGCCUAAGGAAAAGGCCAGGGUUGAUGGGCCAGCUAGAGGGACUGUUCAGCCACAGAGAGGUUUUCAACAGCCGUUGAAGGGUCGUGGUCAGGCUAGAGGUGGAAAUGGUAUGAGCUGUAGUCGUGGAGCAUCGGGCAGGGGUGCUAGUCAUGCUGAGGCGAGGCAGCCAGCACUGGUUUAUGCUGCACGUUGCCAAGAGGACGGAGACACCCCAAAUGUUAUUACGGGAAGGAUCUUUUUAGCCUACCUGAUGGAACUUCCUUUUGGGGAAUUCGACGUAAUAUUGGGCAUGGACUGGUUGGUUAAGCAUCAGGUGAAUUUGGAUUGUACUGCUAAACGGGUAGUCCUGAAAACUAUCGGAGGUGACGAAGUGGUUAUGAUUUGGGAGCAUCGGAAUUAUCUCUCAAAUGUGAUUUCCGCACUUAGAGCGGAGAAGUUUUUUCGUAAGGUUUGCGAGAAAGUUAAGAAUUUUUUGGAUGUUCUUCCAGAUGACCUACCGGGGUUACCUCCUAACCGUGAAGUUGAAUUCGAGAUAGAGCUUUUACCUGGUACAGCUCUGAUUUUGAGGGAAAAGCAAUUGUAUGCUAAAUUCAACAAGUGUGAUUUCUGGCUACAUGAGGUUAAGGCAGAGCAUCAGUCGCCUUCGGGGUUACUUCAGCCAGUUAAGAUUCUGUUGUGGAAGUGA